UGCAACCUUUCCUUGGUACCAGCUGCUGCUUCAAAGAAUAAAGUUAAAGGCAGCCAAGGGCAGUUUCCUCUAACACAGAAUGUGACGGUUGUUGAAGGCGGAACUGCAAUUUUGACCUGCAGGGUUGAUCAAAAUGAUAACACCUCCCUCCAGUGGUCAAAUCCAGCUCAACAGACUCUGUAUUUUGAUGACAAGAAAGCUUUAAGGGACAAUAGGAUCGAGCUGGUUCGCGCUUCAUGGCACGAACUGAGCAUCAGUGUCAGUGACGUGUCGCUCUCGGAUGAAGGACAGUACACUUGCUCCUUAUUUACAAUGCCUGUCAAGACUUCCAAGGCCUAUCUCACCGUUCUGGGCGUUCCCGAGAAGCCACAAAUCAGUGGUUUUUCCUCCCCGGUGAUGGAAGGGGACUUGAUGCAGCUGACCUGUAAGACCUCUGGCAGCAAGCCUGCCGCCGACAUACGGUGGUUCAAAAACGACAAGGAAAUCAAAGAUGUAAAAUAUUUGAAAGAAGAGGAUGCAAAUCGUAAGACAUUCACUGUCAGCAGCACCCUGGAUUUUCGAGUGGACCGGAGCGAUGAUGGAGUGGCAGUGAUCUGCAGGGUAGACCACGAAUCUCUCAACGCCACCCCUCAGGUGGCCAUGCAGGUGCUAGAAAUACACUAUACACCUUCAGUUAAGAUUAUACCAUCCACUCCUUUUCCACAAGAAGGACAGCCUUUAAUUUUGACUUGUGAAUCUAAAGGAAAACCACUGCCAGAACCUGUUUUGUGGACAAAAGACGGUGGAGAGUUACCAGAUCCGGAUCGCAUGGUGGUGAGCGGCAGGGAGCUGAACAUUCUUUUCCUGAACAAAACGGACAAUGGUACAUACCGCUGCGAAGCCACGAACACCAUCGGCCAGAGCAGCGCUGAGUACGUCCUCAUUGUACACGAUGUUCCCAACACUUUGCCUCCCACUACUCUCAUCCCCUCCCUAACCACUGCAACAGUCACAACCACUGUAGCCAUAGCAACCAGCACAACCACAUCAGCAACAACCAGCAACAGAAGAGAUCCCAAUGCUCUGGCUGGUCAAACUGGCCCAGACCAUGCUCUCAUAGGUGGAAUAGUGGCUGUAGUUGUAUUUGUCACUUUGUGCUCUAUAUUUCUCCUUGGUCGAUAUCUGGCAAGACAUAAAGGAACAUAUUUAACAAACGAAGCUAAAGGAGCUGAAGACGCACCAGAUGCCGACACAGCCAUUAUCAAUGCUGAAGGCAGCCAAGUCAAUGCUGAAGAGAAAAAAGAAUAUUUUAUUUAAAAUUCAGGCCACCAUUCUGAGUUUUACUUACCAGGCUGACUGCUGGAGAAAACUGGCUAUCUUUCAGAAAUCAUUUCUACCAUCCUCUGCUACUUUUAUUAACUUCCAUACUCUGCUGUCUUCAGUAGCCAGUGUAUACCAACAAUCAGCUGUCAGAAGCAUCAUUCUUUAAUUAUUGUACCAUCCAUAAUGCAGGAAAUCUCUUCUGCUAAAUUUCACACCAUUGCUCUUUUAACAUACAGUGCUUGAAUAUACAGCCUUAACAAUGUUAAUCAUCUACUUUGAUCAUGAUAUUGAGUUGUUUUUAUACAUUUCAAAAUGUAUGCAGAUGUCCCUCCCCCCACUUUUUUCCCUUUAAGUCAUAGAUCUCAUUGGUUUGCCAUUGGAUGGCUUUCACAAGUACCAAGAUUAGGUAAAGACCUAAUGUACCUAAGUUUGACUGAAGAUUAGAGGUUUACAAAUAAUUUUUUCUACCUGUCUAUCUUUAAAAAUGAUAUGUUUUAGAAACAUACGCCCUAGAAAAUACAAAUUGAAAACACUGUAGUGUAGUUUCUGGAAUGUUUGCAAUUAUACUGGUAGUGCUGAAUCAAUUUGCUAUUUAAAAUAUAGCAUUUGAUACAGGAGCCAUGUGUAUAAAUUACAAUCAUGACAUGACAUCUUACAUAAUUAUAUAUUUAUACCAUUAGUGUAUUUUCAUUUCAUUUACCAGUAAGCUGUUCCAAACACUUAACUGUUUUGGGAAUUACAAGAAAUUACUCAUUUCUCUAUUUGGUUCUGUAAUUUAUUUCUCCUAAGAACUCAUUUUCCUAAACAAAAUUGAAGUAUCCAUAGGGCACAAUUUUGAGACAUUUUAGUAUCUGUAUAUAGUGCAUAUAAUAAAUCCAAUUAAACAUUAUUUGAUACGUAUUUAACUUUUUUGGCUGUAGGCAAUUCAGUCAUAAGUAAGCAUUUUCUAACGUCCAUUACAUCCCUUUAGAUAUUACUUAACCCAAUAUUAUAAGUAGAUAACAUGUAUUAGUAUUUUUGUCUGUAUGUCCUAGCACUGUUCAACAACAAAUUUUUCUAGUUCUUGUUAAUUUUUAUUUGUUAUACAACGGAAGCACAAUGUUAUAAGGAAAGGUAAUUUUAAGCUAACAACCAGUGCACAGCCUCAGGUUUUAAAUUACAACCACAGUUGAAUAAUAAUCUAAAAAUAUACUCUUAGUUUGCUACAAAUUUACAAAUUUUAAUUUGGCAGCUCCAGAGCUGCUUACCUUGGUUGGUUUGCCAAAAAGAAGUGUUUGAGAUAUGUUUUCUGUAUAAAUGAACUAAUCCUUUAUAUUAAAUUCCUGUCUAUGCAUUUUGUGAGGUACAAACUUAUGAAACAGUGAGUGAUAGAGAAUUUCUGCCAUGCUUUUAACUCCAAGGUGAAAGUCUCUUUCUCUGGGUUAUUUUGAAAUUUUGAUGUAUUUAACAAUUAUGAAAUGCUGUAUUCUUAAAUACGACACAGAGUCGAUCUAAAGUCCUGUUAUUUCUUCUAGUAAAAUAUAAUAUUGCUAGAUUAGUUUUCAUUAAAUUUAUUAUAUACUAAAGAAUAAAAAUCCAGUUAGAUAAAAAGUUAUUUUCCCAUUUACAAGCCUUGCACCUUUAAAGAGGAAAACAAAUAUGACAGAAUGGUAGCUAUACUUGUGAUGUCUAACAGCAUGAUGGCCUAGGGGUGUACAAAUAAUAUCUGGAAUUUAUUUUUUAAGAAACGAGAAUGGCUGAGUACAACAUCCUGUAUUAAUAUCAAAUGAAAGAUAAGGGUGCUGUAUCUAAGGUUAUUUAUCAAAAAAGUAUAAAUCUUUUAAGGACAAUGUUAGAAUUUUUAAGUUGUUUAUUUUUGAUUGUUGAAGCAUUUAUCUUGUUGAUUUCUUACAAAAGAAAAAGGACGAUGUCAGUCAAGCAGCACUUUUUCAAAAUAUACAGAACAUAAAUAAUAUGAUGUGGUUGAGUGUUAACAUAAUAAAUCAUAUACAGUAUGACAUUUUAAGGAAAUAAGUCUGCAUUGAUGUGAUUGCAUGCUUGUUUUUACAGUUCACUCCAUACCAUCUGUGGAAAAAUGCAAUAAUAUGUUAAUAUAGUAUGGUAGUUUGAGAGAAUCAGGUAGGUGCUACUAGACACAUUGAAACUAGAAUAGGUUUAUAAACUGUUCAUAUCUUUCAAUGCAUAAUUGUUAGAAAGACUCCACAAAGCAAAAUUCAUCCUGUUAGUGCAAAAUGGAAAGGUUCUUAUUGCCUAAAUAAACUGUAUAAACUGCAUCAUCAGUUACUAUUUAAAGCUUAAUUUCAAGAUGCACUUACAAAAUUGCUACUUUUCAUUGAUGCUGUAUUUCCAUCCCUCUUAAUUUCAUCUAUAUUCUACUUGGCUCCAACCGCUAAAUUGUUGCCUAAAUAACUCAAUCAUUAUUUAUAGUACUGUAAAAUUAGAACUCCAAAAUUGGUUACAUUUCAAGAUUUUUGACAUUUUUAACCCUUCAGAGUAACAUAAAAUGUCAUUAUAACUCUUAAAACUAAUAAAUUAAAAUUCAUAGUCUUUAAUGAAAUAUUUUCCAGUUAACUAUAGCUUAUUUUAAAUUAAAUGUCAUUUUCUGUGACAGGAAAAAAUAAUUAGCAAUGGAGUUGCACUUUCCUAUCUUUACAAAACAUUUGAUUUCACUACACAAGGAAAUAAAUUAUAAAAAUAUUGCUCAUUUCCAUUCCAAUAAAUCAGAAAAAAAAUAUGUAAGACAUCUAAAUGGGACCCAUGUCAAUUUUGAAGUCUGAAAUGUGCACAGUUGUAUGCACAUCGAGCCGCUUUCUGUCUCUGGUAACGGAGCACGGACUCUGGAGAGCUCAGUGGAAGGAGUGUGGGCACACACACACACCCCUAGUAGAAUAUGGAGCAUUGUUCUUUACCAAAAGUAGCUAUUCUCUGCCAGUGUACUGUUUACAGUGUAAAUUGAUUGUCCUCCAUCAAAAAAAAAAAAAUCUGAACAGCAUUCUUUUUUUCCUCUUUCCAUUUUUUGAGUGUUCUAGGUAGAAUAAUAAUCUAAAUUAGGAAGAAAAGGCAAAGUAUUGAUUGUAAGAGUAAAAACAGAAACUAUGAGUAUUGAUGUUUGUGUGCGUGUUUGAGUGUGCAUGUGUGUGUGCGUGUGUGUGUGCAUGUGUAUGCGUAUGUAUAAGAGAGGAAGAGAAAAAAGACACGCACAGAGAUUUCAACUUGUUUUCUUUUACUAGGAAAAUCCAAGACGUAGUUUAGGGGACUGAUACUGGAGUUUAAUCUAGAAACUGGAUGAUCUCAUAUGAAUUCAUGCUUCUUAAUCUUUCAUUGAAACUCCACAAUUAAAACAGCAAAGAGAGAAAGAAACUAACUUUCCUCAUCAUGACAAAGAAGUUAACACCUCAUUUAUUUUAUUUCUUUGUAAAAAAUAUAAAUAUCUCAAUUAAAAAGCAGGCUCACUUGUAAUUAUGUACUCAUGACUGUAGCAGCAUUGAGAUUCCACGUAGGCACAUGUACAGCGGCUGUUUGACAGUGAUGGCUCUUCCAUGUAACAUAGCGUUAUCGUGUAAUUUAGUGCCACUUACUGCAAAGUGUUACCAAAGGGAACACUGAGAACGCUUUUCCUUUCUUCUUUGGACAUAAGGAUAAUUCAAUGAAUGGCAAAGAUACAAUGUUACAUUGUUUUUUAACUGCGGAGAAAAUGCAAACCUCAUAACUUACUGCGACUUUCCCAUCAUAGUUAAAAUUACUUAGAACUAUUGAAAUAUGCCCAAUAUUAUUUCCUUUUGCUAGUGGUCAUCUGUGAUGAACACACACAAAACUACAAAAAAAUUAACCUGUAAUCACAGCUGAAAUAAAUAAAACACCUAGGAAGAAGUACUGAUGAGUAAUGCUUUUGUUAAGUGGCGUAAAGUACACACAAAACUAUGCAAAAUAUAGGUAACUACAGUGUACGUCCAUGUAAGUAUCUUGUACUUGCUGUGUAUGGAUGUUGGAAACCCGUGUAAUUAUAAUAUGCAUUUUGAAUACUGGGAAAGAGGAAACCUUAGUGUAGAUAAUAUAAUUUGUUUUGAAAUAUACACUGGCAAUAUUGAAAAAUACUCAGUGCAAUAUCUGUAAUUCUAUUGCUGGAUACUUAAUGCAAAGGGAUUUUAAAGAAUUCUUACACAAGAUCCAAGAGUUUGCUAAUCUUCAACUCUCACAUAUUAAAACCUACUCAAAAAUGCAACUAAUUAAACAAGUUUAAGGUUUUUUUUUACUUAAAUACUAGUGUAAGUCAAUAAAGUUAUUAUUUCACUUAGUCCUUAGCGUGACUGAAAAGAAAUAACCUAAAUUUUAAACUUUGAUUGACAUCUAAUUGAAUUUAAAAGUGUUAAACUAUCUUUAAUAUAUUUCAGUGCUUUUUAUAAGUAUGAAUUUAUUCAGUCAAUGAACAUGAGGUACAUUUAAUGGUUAAAAGUUAUUGUAUCUUAAUGGCAAUUCUGUAUCUUUUUUUUUUUCUACUUUUUGCUUUCCUUUACCUCCUUUUCCACUUCAAACAUGCCCUUUGCACUUAACCCUUCCAAAGGCAAUGGAUUGAAAGUAGCAAGAUAAUAAAGCGAGUUAAAGGGAACAACAUAUAAAUAUGGGUUCUAUAAUCAUCAGCAUUUUUAUGUAUUGAGAUUAUUAAUAUUGAAUGCAAUAGUUAUUGGAUAUAGCUGGUAAUAUCUCUGCCAUGCAUACUUACAAUAAUCCUUCUACCUCUCACUUUUAACAUGGGCUAUGAUACUUCAGUAUAAAUAGAGGAAAUAAUAACUUACAAGAUAUCCCAGGAAGCAUUACUUUGGGACUUUCAUAGCAGUGCACAAACUACCCCUGGGAAAUCUCAAAAGCCAACUUCUUGUAGUAUAUUCUAUGGUGUUUGGGUCUACGUUUGUUUUCCUUUUUUAUCAUUAACUUUUCCUAUAGGCAAAAUAUGAUAACGUGAUGAGGAUAGUUCUUCUCAUGCCUAUCUAGCAUUCCACUGUAAUAUAACUGUAAAUUUUAAAAAAUAAUUUAAAUGGUAAUACUUUGCAAUCUGAUCAAUUUCAUUUAAUGUUUAAAAUGUAGCGAUUUCUUACAAGUCAAUGUUUUGCUUUAAAUAAAACUCAUGCAUUUGAUGAUUUAUUUUGCUGAGAAAUAUUAUGUAUAAGACAAACAUUGAAGUACUUAAAACUGCCUCUUUAAUACCAAGUAAUUCUAAAUAAUGCAAAGUAUUGCCACAAACACCGACUUUAGUUUGUUUGCCUAGGCAUAAUAUGAAGUUUUCAACAUUGUAUUUUAUCUAUACUAAAAGAAAAUGCCAUUUAUGCGCAUAUUUUCCUCUAGGAAAAAUGAUAUAUCAAUUUCUUAAAUUAUAAUGGUGAAUCUAUAAAAUAUGCUUAAAGUUAAAGUAAGAUGUUUCUAUGUUAUGUGGUUAUAAUACAAUUAAUAUUUGGUCAAACCUUCACCUUCUUUUCCAAAUAUAUAUAUAUAUAUAUAUAUAUAUUUGGAGACUAUGGAGAGAACGGGCCCCAAUGUGAAAAGGUGUAAAGAAAAAAGUCACUAUUUUCCCCUCUGACAUAUGCUGUACAUUUCAAAAGAAGUAAAGUUAAAAGAUUGCAGGGGCAAAAGAAAAACUUACCAGGGCUCAGCACUUAAGCACUUUUCCCACAUCCAGGGUCAAAGCAGCAGUGAUUCCUAUACGGAAUCUUAAGUGCAGUAUGACAUGCAGCAUUAUGCUUACACACAGUACUGUCAAACCUCAGAUACUUUCUUUUCGUAGAUACUUUCCUUGUACAUGAUACUAGUAAACACUUUCUCUUUCUAUUUGCUGUUAGUGAAAGUCAUACGCAAUAAAAUAUUGAUGGUUGAAAGCAGUGGUCACUAAUUGGUUAAAAAACGUAUAAAAUGUAAACAGAAUUGUUAUAUCUUUCUCCUUUUUGCUUUUUUCUGUACUUCUAAUGUGUUGAAUGACUCUCAUAAAUAGAAAGAUAACUGACCUAGAAAUUUUUAAAAACUAGUAAUAUUUCUCCUUAUAAAUGUAUAAAAAUUUAAUCUUUUUACAAAUUUAUUUAACUGUACCUAUUGUACUUAUUGUAGAUUCAAUGAUGCAGUUAAGUAGUAACCCAAGGACUUGUGAGUUGGGGAUUGCUGACCUACUUUCUUCAUACUGAGUUUGCAUUGGUAUUUGUGAAUUGGUUGUUUAGCUUUUCAUUCAACCAAAAAAUAUUCCCUCAAGAAAGCUCCAUUUUUAUCAUAAAUAUUUCAACAUACCUAACCUUGGAACAAGUCUGCCAUGUUAAAAAGAAUUUAAAGACUUAUCUCUGAAAAUGGUACCCAGAAAUGCAGGUGCUCCCAGUAAUACAGCUUCAAAAAUAAAACGUUCUCUUUGUAUGACAUGAAAUUCAUACCUUUUGGAAGGGUAUUUUUAUAACAGCAUAAAUAUAGCUUCUGUGCUGUAAAAUGAUCCACCAAAAUUAAGCAUAUUUCACACAAACACAAUUAUUGGAUCUAUUCUAGUCAUUAACAUUUUCAAAAACAAAAUGCAUAUUGUAAUAUUAGGUACAUGACACUUGCAUGUUGGUAUGCCUAUAUCCUUACAAAGUAUUCACUGUGUACUUAGUGGCUCUGAAAAACCGUCAUGUACAACUCUGAUAAACAUCCUUACAGGGUUCCCAUUUGCACUUCAUCUUUCAGUAAAGUCUUGUCAGAAAAAAAGUUGUCUGAUAAUUAUGGAAAAAUAAAAUUUGAAUUUUAGUUAUCUGUUGGACAUUACUGAAUUGUCUAUUCAUUUGGCACACUUUCUUACACUUGAAAACAUAUUGAAAGAUGGAACUUUCUUUUGCAAGUGACAGGCUAUACACACGUCACUAAACAAGCAUCUUUAUGCUAACACAUUAUUUUGAAUGCCUUUUUAAAAAUGCACACAUUACCCAUCCAUAUUUUAUUCUUUUCAAUGAUAGUCAUUUUUCCUGUACAUUUCUAAUGGGAAGUUUUAAAAUUUAAGCAGUAGUAAAAUAAAUGUUUUCUUAUUUGUGCAACAUUUAGUCAUUAUUCCUUGAAAUAUCUGAACCUUGUAAUAUGCUGAUUAAGGGUCAAAAAAGUGUUGCUGACUUAGGGAAAUUUGCUUGAGAUUGCCAAACUUUCAAAACUCUGUAAAGGUAAUUUUACAUUCACUAUGUAUGUUUCUAAUGUUGACUAGGAACAGAAGCAAAAAUAUCUAAACCUAUUUUUUUUUAAUUUUCACACUCUAAUCAAUAUUAUAUAUUUCAACUACCUAAGAUAAUGCAAUUAAUAAUAUAUCCAUCGUAAGCUUAUGCCAACAAGAAUUUGAGAUAAGCUUUUAAAUUUAUGGAGGAUUUUCUUUGUGUCUUUGGAAGUUCACUUACCAUAAGAUAUUUUAUAGUCUACUUUAACAGAUUUUGUUAUACAGGGUAAGCCAAAGGCUGUACAAGAAUUAGUGUCAUUUGGGUCUGAUAUUUGUGUUGGACCAUGAAAUAUUCCAUUAAAAUUUGUCUGUAAAUACAAGGCAA